AAACACACAAUUUUCAUAUUUUUCAUCCAGAAAAAUCUUCGUUUCUUUCAAGUUUAAAAUUAAUUUUCGUUCGUUCGGUUUUUUGUUUUUCCACUGAAUCAUUCCCUUCAUCGAUCAAUCAAAUUUCAUUUGAUUUUUGACUUUGUUAAAGGUGUAAUACAGAUUUUCCAAUCAAGUUUUGUGAAUAUAUUGUGGUCAUAUAGGAAUCUCUCUUCAUUUGUGUCUGUGUGCGUAUGAAAAAAAAUGUCGAUACAGAAUAAUUUAUCAUUACAAAAUCAUGAUAAUAAUCAUCAACAUCAACAUACAAAUGGUAGUUCAAAAAAUCAUAAUCAAUCUGAACAAUCAAUAAAAUUAUCAACAAUUGAUGAUGAUGAUGAUUUAGAUAAAUCAAUAAUAAAAUUAAAUGGUCAUCCAAAUUUAACUAAUGCGACAACAACAACAAUGAUUAAUAAUAAUAAUAAUAAUACUAAUACAAAGAUAAAUGGUGAUUUAAGUAUGAUACCAAUCAAUGAUCAAUGUUCAGCAACAACAACAACAACAACAGUAAAUAAUUAUGAUGAUAAUAAUCGUAAUGGUAAAAAACAACCACGUUAUUCAAUACAUUCAAUGACAAUUAGUCAGAAAAGUGAUUUUGUUAAUCGUACGAAAAAAUUUUUAAAAGGAAUUUGUUUAACAAUUCUUUCUGGAUUAUUUUUUUCAUUAACAACAUUGGUUGUUAAAUAUGUUAAAGAUGUUAGUCCAGGUACAACGGCUGGUUUUCGUUAUUUUGGAAUCAUAAUUCUAUCAUUUCCAUUGGCAUUAGAAUCACCACAGCCAUUAUUUGGUUGUUCCGGUACAUAUUUAUGGAUUGCAUUACGUGGUUUGGCUGGUGGUACCAGUGUAUUUUGUCGUUAUUCAGCAUUACAUUAUAUGUCAAUGGCCGAUUCUACUAUUAUCAUUUUAUCGAUGCCUGUUUUUGUAUUUGUUUUUGCAAGAAUAUUUCUUAAAGAACAUUUUGGUCCUUAUCAUGUACUGGCAUUUUGCAUGUCUAUUAUUGGUAUCGUUUUUGCAUCAAAAUUAGAAUUUAUAUUUGGUAAAUCUGUACAACAGGAAAAUCAUCCAAUCUUGAACACAACAACAACAAUUAUUACCACAACUACAAUGGCCACAACUGCUAAUUUCUCAAAUAACAAUGAAACAAUGGAUAAAACAUCUUCAGUUUUAAGUGAUCAAUUAAUUGGAACAUUAUUUAGUCUUGGUGCAACACUCGUCGGUUGUUUUGUCUAUGUUAUCAUUCGAAAGCUCAAAGAUGUUGAUAAAUAUGUGAUUUUAUUCAAUUUUUCCAUUAUAUCAAUGAUCGAAAUGGUUAUAAUUGAUUAUCUUUUCUUUGAUAUUCAAUUACCAACAGAAGGUUAUACACCAUAUCUAAUAUUUUUAAUUGGUAUAUUAUCAUUUUAUGCACAAUUAUUAUUAACACGUGCCAUACAGAUUGAAGAAGCUGGUGUUGUUUCGGUAAUACGAACAAGUAGUGAAGCAUUUUUUGCAUUCAUAUUGCAGAUAAUAUUUUUUCAACAAAUACCCGAUAUAUUUACAAUAAUUGGUGCAAUAUUAGUAUUAAGUGCCGUAUUUUUGUUAUCAUUUCGUAAAUAUAUAAUUGGAUUACCGGAUAAUCAUCCAAUGCGUAUACGUUUUGCAUUUCUUUCCAAAUAAUAAUUACAAUAAUCAUCAUCAUCAUUAUCAAAUUAAUCAUCGAAAUAAUGAAAUGAAAAUAAUUUUAUAUUGAUACCCCAAUUUUUGAUAUACACAAAUUCAUUCAUUUUUUUGG